CGGCCGCCACUUUCCCCUCUUCCCCACGCCGCAAGCCGCAAGUCUUUGCCGCGCAACCACCACAAGAACUCGCCGCGCCAUCGCCUCACAGACUAGCUGCUGCUCGAUUGUCGAUCGGGUAGGCGGCAGCAGGAGAGAGCUGGAUCUGAGCCGGGAAGGGGAGUAGAAGAGAGAGGGGCGCUGGCGAUGCUGCAGCUGCUGAUGGCGAUGGCCUUCUCGGCGGCGCCGCUCACGCUCUACGUGCCGCCGGUGCGGAGCCUCAGCCUCUUCGUCGAGACCAUGGAGACGCUCUGCCGGGAGUGCGCGCCAUACUCCCACGGCGCCGUCGCCCGCCUCCGCCUCGGCCUCUCCCGCAUCUUCGCCGGCCUCGCCCGCGCCCUGCGCUAAGCGCUGCCACACCCAGAUCGGCUGUGCUCGUCCUGGAUCUUUUGCGUAGAGUACUUUCCUUUGCCUACGUAGUUAGUUUUCUCUUCAUUUCAUGGGUGGAUUGGAUGUUGUACAACGUAGACAAGAGUGGGGCAAUAAGCUGACCAAAAGGAGACUUUUUGUGAGAGAUCGUGAGAAAUCUAGUUUGCGGAUCAUCAGAUCUAGUCCAAGAGAAUUUGCUGCUCCGUGUACAGACAGAAUCGUGUACAGUACAGUACUAGUUGGGGAAGAAGUUUGUGUUCUUGAGAUGUUCUUCAGUUCAGAACUUGGGGUGAAAAUGUAAUGGAAGACUUCUUUUUUUUUUUUUUGAACUGUAAUGGAAGACUUCUUCAUUUGUGAGAAAGGUAAUGGAAGACUUUUGACCCCUUCA